UGGAUUGUUUAUUCAUCCCAAUGAAGAUCUUCCCAAAAUAUUGAUGGAUAAUUAUUGGCAACCAUUUAGACUGGCUUGCAGUGUUUCGAUGCCUGUACAAGUUAGAGUCGUAGCAUUAGAUUCUUUGCAGAAAUUGAUUGCACAUGGAUUAUUAGAAGGUUCUAAUCCAAUAGCGCCUCCAAAAAAUGCUCAAAUAAAAAAAGAUCGUCGUUCUGGUGAGAACACCGAUAAUAAACAAUCUAGGUUUAGUGAGACAAAUGAUUUGAAUUCACUUGACAUCACCUCAUUUGAAAAUGAGGCUCCCGCUGUUGAAGGGAUUCCCAAUAGUACGCCAAGCAACUUUCCAAAUCCUGCACGUCUUAUUGACGAUGUUGUUCAUACCAUCUGUGUAGGAUUUGUGGGACCUCAUUUAGAUCAAACUGUUCAAUUACAAAUAUUAAAAGUUUUACUCACGGUAGUCACUUCUGAAACCUGUCAAGUGCAUGGAAUCAGUUUACUGAAAGUUAUUCAGACCACCUGUAAUAUCUAUUGUUUUUCUAAAAAUCCAAUUCAUCAAGCAACUGCUAAAGGAGAAUUAACGCAAAUGGCAAAUUUAAUUGUGUCAAGAUGCGAAGAUUACGCAGUUGAUAUGACGAAUUAUGAAAAUCACAAAAAAGAGGAAAUUAAUCAAUCAAUUGAAAACAGUAAAGUUGAAACUAAGCAAUUGAAUGGAUUUAAAAAUGUGAAGGAUAACGAUGGCAUACAAGCGGAGAACUCCCUAAACCCUAAUAUCGGUAACGGCAUUACCGAAUGGGAAGGAACAAUUGGUUCUCCUUCCACCACUAGCGAAGAAUCUCAGGAAUUAUAUGUACACGAGCCCUCAGGCAUAAUGGAUUCAAACUCCGAUAGCGGUCAUGGUCCAAACAUAAUUACUAAGACUAAUGAAUCUCAUAUCGUUACUCCCACAGAUGAUAAAUUUGACGAGAAAAAUAUCCAGAACAAUCAAUCAGAAAAAUUAACGAUUUCUUCUGAUAAAAAAAUUAAACUUUUGACGUUAAGUCAAGAUAUAGAGCAAGUACAAAACUCAAAGAUUUCUUCUGAUUCUAAGGACUCUAACGCUGAGAAACCAGAUAAUUUGACUCGAAAAGAGUCUAUACAAAAAUCUUUGUUAACACUUAAAACUGAUCUCUCAAUAAAAAUACCGCCUGUUUCCUCAGAAUCUAAGAAAAAUAUAAAAACUCCAAAUCCAGCUAUUCCAACACGAAGUCACUUUAAUGUUCUACGAAAGGAUUUGUACCUAACGUUUCGACUAUUCUGUCGGUUAUCUAUGCGUAUAGAAACAAAUUCAUAUAAUGAAGAAAUCAGUAUUCGUGGUCGAUCACUUGUGCUGGAAUUAAUUUUAUCAAUGUUGGAUAAUUCAGGGCCAGUAUUCCGUGGGGAACAAGUUUAUAUUGAUUUGAUUCGUCAGUCAUUGUGUGUUUCUUUGUCACAGAACGGUGUUUCAUCAAAUGAACAAUUGUUUGAACUGUCACUCUCAAUCUUUCUUUUGCUACUUCGCUAUUACGCUGCACCAUUAAAAGCAGAAUUAGAAGUUCUUUUCAGCGAGAUUUACCUGAGGUUUUUAGAUAUGUCGAAUGCAUCAUAUAAACAAAAACAGAUGGUAUUACAAGGUUUAAUGAAACUCUGCGCUAAUCCUCAAACACUUGUAGAUCUUUAUUUGAACUAUGAUUGUGAUAUUUCGAUGGCAAGUUUAUUUGAACGUAUUGUGCACGCGCUUUCAAGGGUGGCGCAAGGACGUUCUAAAAAUGCAAGUGGAUCCGCAAUGGGAAGUCUGAUCGGUGCGCAUGCAUCAGGAUUAUUAUUGGAGAAUCGUGCGGAUUUAGCCGCAUUGCACGAAAAAAAACUAAAGGUGAGAGGUUUAAAAUGUCUAGUGACCAUCAUCAAAUCAUUAGUGGAAUGGUGUAAGGACCUUGACGGUAAUAAUUCAUCAGGUGAUCAAGAACCACAAGUUCAACAGAAUCGUGAAAAAUUACCAGAAAUAAUUGAGGACAAGACCCCUGUUAUAUUUUCAAAACACCCACUACUUAAUGUAUCUAUGAAAAGCUUCACACUACUACAUGCGAAUACCAGUAACGUAAGUGUGGGUACUAAUGAUUCGGAUGAUCACCCAGCUCAAUAUCAAGAGAUUAUGACACGUAAACAGACCUUACAAGCUGGUAUUCGACUCUUUAAUACCAAACCACAAAAAGGUCUUCAAUUUCUAAUUGAGAAUAACUUUUGCAAAAAAGACACGGAUGAUGUCGUAUCUUUUCUCAUGACAACACCCGGAUUGAAUAAAGCCGCUAUUGGUGAAUAUUUAGGCGAAAGUGAUGCUGAAGCUAUCAAAGUUAUGCACACGUUUGUGGAUCGUAUGGAUUUUACUGGACUUGGCUUUGUGGAUGCGUUGCGCUCUUUCUUGCAAACAUUUCGAUUACCUGGUGAAUCCCAAAAAAUUUCUAGAAUUAUGGAAAAAUUUGCAGAUCGAUAUUGCGAAACAAAUCCAGACAUAUUUGCAAAUGCCGAUACUGCUUAUACCCUUGCAUAUUCGGUCAUUAUGCUGAAUACUGACCAACAUUCGGCUCAGGUCAAACGUCGAAUGGAUAAAUCGGAAUUCAUAAAAAAUAAUCGAGGCAUUAAUAACAACAAUGAUUUACCACAAGAGUUUCUUGGCGCGAUAUUUGAUAACAUUGCGAAGAACGAGAUUGUGUUGGAAGAUGAACAAAUUUCAGAGGUGGCCAAAACUGCUAUCAAUAUCGCUAACGAACGUGAACGACAGGAAUUGUAUGAUCGAGAAAUUUCUCAAAUGCAAAAGAAAAGUCAUGCGUUACUGAGCAAUCGCCAAACUCAAAAGAACACCAUUUGGCGCAGUGGCUCACACUUUGAUCACGUGAAACCAAUGUUUGCAGUUGCUUGCUGGCCUGUGAUGGCAACUUUAAGUUUGGUUUUUGAAGAAUCCGAGAAUUUGUCAAAUACUUCUAACAAAGUCAAUGAAUUCGCACAAGCUAAUUCCGAAGCUGUCGAAAUUUGUUUAGACGGAUUUAUGGGUGCAAUCCGCAUUAGCAGUGUUUUCCGGAUGGAUGUUGAAAGAGACGCGUUUGUCUCGUCAUUGGCAAAAUUGACCGGCUUAAAUCAUGUGGAUGAAAUGCGGUCUAAAAAUGUGGCCGCCAUUCGUACUUUAUUAUCAGCAGCUCAUUCUUAUGGUGAAGGUUUGCAAAAAUCAUGGUUUAUUGUACUGAAAACGAUAUCCACCAUGGAACGUUACCAAUUAAUUGAUAGUACAACCAGUUCAGUAAGUUAUUAUUCGGAUGGUCAUUAUAAUGGAUUAGAUUAUUCAACAAAUCGAAAUAAUUCCACGACAUCAAAUGGAACAUCUGUUGAUCAUAACACUCCAACAACCGUUUCCGUGCCUCAGCUACCACGUCCCAGCAUCAAUACAAGCCGUCGAGGAUCUCUUGGUGGAUUAAUGCGAGAAUUUCAAUCUCAGAGUACCAUUGUCGCCAUCGAUCGGAUUUUCGCCAACAGUGUAAAUUUGAGCAGCGAUGCCAUUGUACAUUUUCUUAACGCUCUUUGUGCAGUAUCCUUGGAGGAAGUGGAUUCCUCGGUCACAAAUCCACGAAUGUACAGCCUACAGCGAAUUGUAGAAAUUGCUUAUUAUAAUAUGUCACGUAUUCGAUUCGAAUGGACGCAAAUAUGGAAAAUACUUCAACCACACUUUAACACGGUCGGUUGCCAUCCGAAUCAAAUUGUUGCCACCUUUGCUAUUGACUCGCUAAGACAAUUAGGCAUGAAAUUUUUGGAAAGGGAUGAGCUUGCACAUUAUAAUGCUCAAUGCGAAUUCAUUAAACCUUUUGAACACAUAAUAAAAAAUACACCAUCCGGAGGUAUUCAUGAUCUCAUCAUUUCAUCGCUAAUCCAAAUGAUAUCUGCACGCGCAAAUAAUAUUAAAUCGGGCUGGAAGAGUAUUUUUAUUGUAUUCGGUCGUGCUGCUUCCGAUGAAAAUCCACAUCUGGUUGAUAAUGCAUUUAACGUCAUCAGGUUGGUCUAUCGACAACAUAUGGACUUGAUUGGUCCAGCUUUCGGAGAAUAUGUAAAUUGCUUAGUAGAGUUUGCAUUUAACGCUCAGGAAGAAAGCAUUAUCAACGAAUCAAUAAGGAUGAUGCAAGGCUGCUUAAAGGCGCUUGUCAAAGACCUCGAAGAUCCUGAAAAAUCAGAAAAAGAUACAAAUUUGCCGGUCGUUCCUUUGAACAAGAGAAAAUACCAGCACAUUGAAGAAGAGCAAUUCUUCUUGAAAUGGUUUCCUGUUAUCUCAGGUUUAUCGCGUCUGGUCAUUGAUUAUCCAUCGUUGGCGACGCGAAAUAAAGCAUUAGACACACUAUUCGACAUUUUAAAAUCCAAUGGAUACCUUUUUGAGACAAGUUAUUGGAAUAAAAUUCUACGAAACGCAUUGCUUCCUAUCUUUGAGGAUUUGAAAGAAACAGUGCCAUCACAAUUGCAACAAACUGAUGUUGAAUCAAAAAAACGUGAGACAACACAUGAAAUCUGGAUCCAAACUACUCGGCUAAUGGCAGAAAUUUACGCUCGUUUCCAAGAAACUUUUACAUUUGAUACUGAAUACAUAGUUGAACUUUUGUCAUUAUUAAUAGCCAUGCUUAAACGGAAGCAUGAAAAACUGGGACAAACAGCAAUACGUUGUUUUCAUAAUAUCAUUGUUAGAAAUGGGGCAAGAUUUGAUGCAAAACAUUGGGAAAUUAUCACCACUACAUUAGAAGAUAUUUUCAAGCAAACGACACCAAAUGAAUUCUUUGAAGUUGAACUCAUAAACUCGAUUGAAAACAACGAUCGUAAGAACGAAGGACUUAUCAUUAAAGGAGCCAUAGGUGGGGGUGCACUAGUGCCAUCAAAUACAUUUGGUGAUGUCGAUAAACCAAAAGAUUUAAUAUUGUCUACAAGUCAACAAGAUAAGCAAAGUAAUCUGAGUAAGCCUCCCAUUCCAAAAGUAAAUGAUGAUGUAUUAUAUGCACUAAAUAAAUGUUCGGCACAACUGGUUCUCAUUCAAUCAGUUAAAGAGCUUGUACUGAGUCAUGCUGCAACACCGUGGUCUAACGAGAAUGUGCAUUUUUUGACACAAAUGCCUGCAGAAUGUCGUAAUCGAUGGCUAAGAUGUCUUUACAACUCUUAUAAAUUUGCUCACGAUUUUAAUGCUCGGCAUGAUCUUCGACAUGCACUUUGGAAGUCUGGAUACGUGGAAAAAAUGCCAAACCUUGCAAUGCAAGAAACUUUAUCCUUGUCAGUUUUUCUUCAAAUACUAUUUGAUCUGUAUAGGACAAUCGGAGACGAUGAUCCUGAAUUAUUACCACCAUUGGUAGAGAAGACUUUAGGCGUGCUAGAAAAAUUCAUUUCUAUCAUGACUGAUCCUAGCGUACACAAUCAACCUCGUGAGCUUGCGACCUGGUCGCCAUUGGUAGUCACUCUCUUCAAAGAAUUGUGUGUUACUAGUUGGGAUGUAAGUCGAGAGGAUGACAUUGAUUCAGAAGGCGACGUAAACGAACCAAAAGAGGAAAAAAAGGAGGAUCAAAGUGUUAUAAAAACACCUCGAUUAUUAAAGCUACGGAAACGUAUACCCGAUUUCUAUAAGUUAACAAUCAAAAUGAUUGGAAUAGAUAGAGUCGAUGUGCGUGUGGCGAUGCAAGAAUUUCUUGAAAAAGUCGGCAAUGAGUUUUUGAGUGAUAUUUGA